UCCCUCGCAAAUACAAUCUCUCUCUCUCUCUCUCUUUCUCUCUCAAGGAGCAAUGACCGGUUCGCCGUCACCGAUUGGUGAUCAUCUUACUGUUCAUCAUCUUCAGGAGCAGGAGGCUGAAUCGGAUCUGUCGUCUCUCGUAUACGAAAUGUCACAGCAAGUUCAGAUGGCAAUGGAGAACAUGCUCAAGAUGGUCAAUGAAAUCGAUCAAAAUUCUAUUGGAAUAAAGGAAGAAAUUGAGAAAUCCAAGGAGUAUGCUGUGGAGAAGAAACGAGUCCUUGAAGAUGAGAAAGAACAGUUCCAGAAAGCCGCCUACACUAUUCUUGACAUGCUAAGCAGCCGAGAUUAACUGCGAGGCUCACGCGAACGGGCAUCUUCUGCGACAAACCGUGCUGUUUUGUAUUGCAACAUUAUUGAACGCUAAAAAGGAGGUACGAGCUUUUUGGCAUAUCGCUAUUAUUGAGCCGUUUGGUUUACUGUAUGUUUUUUUCCCUCUUGUCCUCUGCUGGCUAUAACUCGCAAAGAAUCAUCUAGAAAAGGUAUAAUGUCGUGGGAUCGUCUCGUUUUCCUGAUGAAAGAUCAUGGACAUAACCAUGCCCAGAAUACA